AUGUUGAUUGGGCCAAAAUUUAUUAAUGAGGCGGUUAGCCCAUAUAACGACUCUUCUCCAAUCUCCACUGUUAAAAGUUCCUCCGUAGCAUUAGUUACCUCCUCUCAGCUCAAUCAGACUCCUGAGUCACGGGACGAGGCAAAACAUGAAGACAAUGAUUCUCUUACAGAGUUCCCUGCGUCUCUGAUGAAUUACACUCCUACUAUUCUUCCAGCAACAUUCAUGAAAGUUAACGGUAUCAAAAAGGAGAAUGAGAUAAUCUUGAUGGAUAAACAUGGCGUGAAGCGGGUGAUAAAGCUGGUGAAAGAUGGAUCAAAAUAUGGAAAAAGAGGAUUGGGAAAAGGAUGGAAAGAUUUUUGUGAAGCUAAUGAUGUAUUUAAGAUUGGUCAGCCUUUUAUGUUGGAGUUGGUUUGGGAAGACAGUGUUCCUGUUCUUAAGUUUUGUUCUAAGGUCAAGGUUGAAACAAUCUGUGACUGA